GUCACUUUAAAAAAAUAAAACAAUACAAUCAUACAUUUUUAGCUUAUUUAUUAAAUCGCCUCUGAAAAAUGGGGGACUACGACUCAGAUGAUGAGAAAUCCCAAGUGGAGAAGCUGCGGUAUGCGAAAGUGCCCCGCGGUAUGUUCGUUAGCGGCUGGGACGAUGAUGCCGACGAACUGAUCGAGGAGGACAAGAACCCACAAUCUAGCAUCGAACGCAUGAUCCUUUGGGCAGUGAACGAGAACCGCAUCAGCGAGGUGCGCGAGAUCCUGCGCCUGGAUGCAGACACUGUAAACUCAAAGGACAACGAUGGAUACACGCCUCUGCAUCGAGCGGCCUAUAAUAACUUUGUGGACAUGGCCAAGUUGCUUCUGCAGUACCGUGCAAAUCCCAAUGCACGCACGGAACUUGGAUGGACACCGCUGCACUCCGCUUGCAAGUGGAAUAACGCUGACUGUGCCCAUUUACUUCUGCAGUUUGGAGCCGAUGUAAACGCAGAGUCAGAGGGCAAGCAGACGCCUCUCCACAUCACCGCCACCGUGUCCAACUGCCGGAAUACGGCCACAGUGUUGUUGUUAGACCGUAAUAUACUGCCCCGCAAAGAGAAUAACUCAGAGGAACUGGCAUCGGUGAUCGCCCGGCGCACCGGCAUGAGCUUCCCCAUCUUUGAGUCGGGCGACGAGGCCUACGACUGCGAAACGGGACUGAUAGAUUAACCAUUAAACAGCCAAGCAAUGUGCAUACUUAUAGAAUACCUAGUAUAUGUUUAUUUCAUAAAUAAUCUUUUAAAUCGGGCAGGUUCCGGUUUUCACUUCGUGGAAUUGGGAGAUACCUUCCAAGCAUUUCGUGUGAGUAUUAGAACCUCCUGCAAGUGUAAUGAAAAUAAGCAUUGAGCUUUUUACCAUUUUUGUUUAAUCACAAAUUGAACUGGAGUUUCCAAACUUUAAAUAAUUUAAGUAAAUAAACUUCGAAGUAUAGUUAUACGAA